AUCUUGCUAUAACAUUUCCAAUUAAACAAUUUUUAGUGCAAUAUGGAACAAUUCAUAGAUUUUCUUCUCCAUUACGGCAUCAAGAUGAUUCUGGUGUUUUUAUUUAUCUUCCGACUGGUCAAACCUACGUUUCGUAUGAGAUAGCUUCUAAUAUUCGAUUUCAGCCACGUGCAAGUGAUCUUUGUGAGGUUUGUACUUCUUUUAAGGCUAAAUUAUUAGUCGCCAAACAGGAUAUUGAUGAAUAUAAUAAAGUCCAAGCCAAAUAUAACGAACAUACAGAGGCUGCAGAAUGUGAAAGACAACAUUACAAUAACAAUAUUGAAGAGA